AUGGGCUUGGUCGAGUGCAAAUCCUCUAUUAAUAAACCCCCUCCAUUCCAGAAGACCGGAGAGACCCGUACUCAUGGCCCUAGCUCACGCGGCCGACGCAUGCAGAACGUCAAUCUGACUUCUGAGGCCACUAUGGACAAGUCAUUUGGGAGUACUCAACAAUUUCAUAUCACUGCUCCACAGAGCCAGAUGGGAGUAAACUCUAGUGUAGCCACACCGGCAACUGUUCAGGUUAAUCCUUCUAAUCGUAUGAUAUCUGCAUGGCAUAACCCACCGCCUUCCAUUACUAUCCGAGAAACCCCUGCUGGAUUUAAGAAACCCUACAUUAUUCGUAGUAGCCAGCGGCAGCAGUCCAACAUAGACAGAUUUGUUAACUCAAGAAUGCAACUAAAACUGUCGGAUUGGCGCGGCCGACUUCAUUCGGUUAUAGUAAUCAGAAACCCAAAUAAACCCAGCUUCCUGCCACCUCAGCGUUUCACUGCUGGUGGACAGCUCUUAACUGGUUCAGACAAUCGGAUGAUCAAGCGAACCAGAAUUGAAGGGGCAGGUUCGAAGACAGGUCAGAAAGGCCGAAUAGGAGAGGAAGGUGAAGAUAACAAAGAGGUCGAUUGGACUUUGGGCGGAACUACUUCGAGGGCACUUUUUACGUCGGGUGGGCAAGAUGAUGCUACAGGACAGGAGCACUGGGAACCAUCCACCCCUGAACAGGAUGAGGAAAUUGGCGAU